GCUUUAACUAGUUCACAACCUGAAAACCACAAAAACACCAAACCAGCAUCUCUUUCUUUGGCCUCCUUAAAACCUAAAUCCUUUUUUUUGGGGUUCGAAGGAAGCCGAGGCGAUUUCUUUCUUCCCAUUCCAAACAAGGGGUUAAGGCCUCGAAGGCUCUAGCAGAGAGAACGAGAGUCAAACUCUUGAGUGGGGUGCGUGGAGAGUGGAUGCGCUGCUCCACCACCGCCACCCUAUCUCUCUGAUGUUGGCGAUGUGAUCUCACAACCGAGAAGGCUUGCAAAAGCAUAAAAGUUUUGCUUUGGUGUUGGGGGAAACAAAGCAAAUCAAUCUGGCAGAGGUGGUUUCUGAGCAAACACAUUAUAAUCUCAAAGCUUCCACAGAGAAGCUGCAUCAGAUACAACUCUGGCCGUCGAAUCGGGCAAGUUUUCUCGAGCCGGGGCAGGCGUUGGUGAUCAGGUCUCUGGUUCUCAACCCUGUUUCGGGUGGUCUCGGUCGCCGGUCUGGUGGCUUCCCCUUGAUUAUGGUUAAUCCUUGAUCCAACCAUCACUGAAAGUAGAGCUUCUCAGCAUUCAAUCAGACCCUUGGAAUUGGAAUGUGAGAUCAAUUUUGAAGAUAAUCCACAUACUGAAAUACAAGCAUUUUCGGGUUUCGGUCUAUUUUUGAGGAUUCCGAGUUUUUUCAUAUCGGAAAUGGCAAAAUUCAGUUGCUUUUCUUUAAUUGGUAGGAGGAAGAAGAAGGUUAAGGGAGAUGAUGAAUCUACAAGAAGUGGUCAAGUGGACAAGGCAAUUAGAACCCUGCAAGUCAGGUUUCAACAGCAGCCUCCGCAACCGUUGGAGAUUGAUGGGAAAUCGAAGCCGGCAACUUUCGGAGUCCAAAUACCUUAUGGUGUUGAGAACAAGUACUCUUCCCCUCCGAGUGGCAAUACAAGGAGCCCGAAAAGUCCUAUCCGGUGCAUUGAAGCAGCAGAAGCAGCGGCUUGUGAAGGGGAAUAUGAGCACAAAGAGAGCCCCUUAGCCAAGGGAACCUUCUCUAAUGAUCACUCUGAUCUGCAACCCAACGAAGCCAAUUCAGGUGACGUGACUCCAUCAAGGAAGUUGGAUUUAUCCGAACCUGAUUCGAGCUCUCAAGGGGUUCAAAGCGGGCAUCUUAGUGAUCCCGGGGUUGGUAAGGCCGAGUUUUGGGCAUCACCAAAGCUUACCAGAUCAUGCUCUAAUUUGGAGACUCAUAAGAAAAUGGUAAAAAGAUGUCCUCUAAGAUGCCUGAAGGAUGUUGAUCCAGGCAGCCCUAGUUGUGUGUCAAGCCACUACAGUGCUGAUAGAGUGAUGCUGAAGAAGCAUUCUUCAAGCCAAGUUCUGCCUUCUCGAAGUCGAAAAUUGUGGUGGAAGUUGUUCCUUUGGAGCCACAGGAACCUGCACAUAACACGGGAUGCAAAACCAAAGACACUUGGUCCCGUUUCAGUGAACAAGCAAGGAGGAUACUCUUCAGACACACUUGAACCAAAUCGAGCUAUGCAGUUUGGCAAGACGGAAUCACCACUAUCAUAUACUGGAGAAUUGUUGGACAAGGGGAAGAACAUUGUAGAUGAAAACAAGAGCUGGGAUGGUUUUCACAUUGGUGCGUCGGCCUUAUGGCCUCAGAACCAAUGGGUUGCUUUCUCGACAGAAGCCUCAUCAUCUUCAAGAGUGCAAGACUGGGUGAAAGAUCUCAGAAUACAAGCCUCCGUUGAAAAGAAUGAAGAUGACAAUGAGGGAAUCGUCUCCCCACGGACACCCCCCACUCCUGAGACUCCAAAGUCUCCUGCGACUGCUAGAUCGAAAAGCGCCACUUACUUCAGCCGAGGCCUUGAAGAGGAUACCUUACAUGCUAAUACUGUGAUCCAGUCUCUAAAUUCUUCCUCAACAGUGGCUCACAUAUGUGGUAUGGGCAUGAAAGCCAUCCCCAACAUUUCAUGCUUCUGCAGUCUUCGAUCUGUCAACUUGUCGAACAACUUCAUAGCCCACAUUACUCCCGGGUCGCUGCCAAAGAGUCUUCACACGCUCAACUUGUCCAAAAACAAGCUCAGCGCCAUUGAAGGACUAAGAGACUUAACCCGAUUGCGAGUACUUGAUCUCAGUUACAACCGAAUAUCUAGAAUCGGACGUGGAUUAUCAAGCUGUAAUGUAUUGAAGGAGCUCUAUCUUUCCGGGAACAAGAUCAGCGAUGUAGAGGGUCUGCAUAGGCUACUGAAGCUGACAGUUCUGGACUUGAGCUUCAACAAGAUCACAACAACAAAGGCACUGGGCCAGCUGGUGGCUAACUACAACUCGCUACAAGCUCUAAACCUAUUAGGGAAUACAAUCCAGACCAACAUCGGCGAUGAGCAGCUACGCAAGACAGUUUGUAGUCUCCUCCCAAAGCUAGUGUACCUGAACAAGCAGUCCAUCAAGCCACAAAGAGCAAGGGAGGUACUCACCGACAGCGUAGCCAAAGCUGCACUUGGAAACAAAGGGUGGAACCCUAGAAGAAAAGCCAGCAAGAAGCUUAGCCAGGGAAGUGCAUCGUUUAAAAAAACUCAUGCCUUGCCAUCGAAGAAAAGCUCAUCAUUUCCUACCCACGGCAACAAGAGAGGUGCAAGUAUUGUAUAGGGAAACAUACGCAAGACGAAGAGCAUGGUUAGAGCGUUAUCUGAACGCAACUCUUCAUCCCUAGAUGAUUCUUCAAAGUUAGGGGACUCAAAAAAGUUUUGAGAUAAAAAUUUCAAGGCCUGUGUGUCCCUUGUCUGAUGUCUUCAGUGUUUCUUCAGUGUCUGUAGGGCCAAAGGUCGUCGUGGUUUUCAUGUUUCAGUUUUCCACCGGUUAAUAUAUAUAUGCAGGCUGCAUUUUUGCCCCAA